AUGUCGAAUAUCCAGGUGGCUGUGCGAUGUAGGGGCAGAAACCAGCAGGAAAUUGAAGCAAAGUCCCCCGUGGUGCUCGAAUUGGCAAAUGACAACUAUUCCAUCACCGAACCAUAUGUCUUGAUAAACCAUGCCGCUACUACUGCCACCACCAGCACCAACGCUAAUGCCAAUAGAUCAUUUACAAAUUCCGGUGCCGUCGCCGACUCUUUCAAGAGGACAUACAGAUUUGACGAGACUUAUGGACCUCAAGCAGACCAGUCACUGAUAUACAGCAAUCUCGCUCGCCCACUACUAAUGGACUUUUUAAACGGUCUGAACGUAUCAAUCUUAGCCUACGGGCAAACAGGGACGGGGAAAACAUACACCAUGUGUGGCCCAAGCGACUUGAAGGACCUCGAGGCAACACCGUUGCCCGAAACCGCUGGGAUCAUCCCAAGACUAUUGCACGAUCUAUUUGAGGAACUCGGCACCAAAUCCGACGACUAUACGUUGAAGAUGUCCUACCUCGAGAUUUAUAAUGAAGAGUUGAGGGAUUUGCUACUGCAGCAUCCGAGGAAAUUGAGAGUAGUUGAGAAAACAAUGAUGAAAUCCACUCAGACUCAAAAGUCGAUAUCCGUUCAAAACUUGACUGAGCGCUGUGUUUGUAGCUACCAGGACAGCAUCAAAGUGUUGAAGGCAGGAACUUUGAGAAGAAAGACUGCAGUCACCAACAUGAACGAUAUGUCUUCGAGAUCCCACGCUAUAUUUGCAAUCCAACUAUGCAGAAGCGAUUCAACCAGCGAGAAUAGCUACACAGUAUCGAAAAUGAGCUUGGUUGACUUGGCCGGCUCCGAAAAUAUUAGUCGAUCCGGCUCCUUGGUGAAGGAGGCAGGAGGAAUCAACCAAUCGCUAUUGACUUUGGGAAGAGUCAUAAAUUCGCUAAAUGAGAAGAAAACAAAUGGCUCUCAGCAUGUUCCAUACCGAGAGUCCAAAUUGACAUACAUUUUACAAGAUUCACUCGGCGGAAAUACCAAAACUGCCCUAAUUGCCACGAUUUCACCAGCCCAGAUAAAUUGCAUGGAAACCUGCUCGACUUUGGAUUACGCCGCGAAAGCGAAAAACGUCAGGAACUUGCCUCAAAAUGGGCACGACUCUGAAGUCAUCCUCAAGAAAACGCUAGUGAAAAACAUGGCCAAGGAAAUUGCCCAGCUUACGCAGGAUUUGAAUGCCACGCGAAAUAAGAAUGGCAUUUUCCUUGAAAAAGACCAUUACCUCAACAUUAUGCAGGACCAGGAGUCGCUAAGUACCCAGUUGAAAGAGCAGCAAUUGGAAGUCUCGCUGUUGGUGGCAAAAUGCUCAAGAUUGAAUGACGAGAAGCACGAGAAUGCACUGGAGAUUAUGAGACUACUGCUGGGGUUGGAUGAGCUUCGCGAAAGGCUUCACGCUACAGAAUCUCAACUUCAAGCUGCAACAGAGGCGGAAAAAAGCCAGAGGUUGCUUGCUGACUCAUUACGACAGGACCUUGACAAGACAAAGGAGAACUUUAUACAUUCGCGCAGGCAAAACUCUUUUGCUAUUGGCAAUUACCUAGCUCAGUUUGCCGAAUUGGUCAAGUCAAAGACGAGUAGUUUUCGAAUAGAAGCGCCCGAUGCCAAAGGGACGGAAAACCUCAAUAUGGAGGAGGAACUACUACAAAAGAAAGUGUGGCAGUUUAAAUCGAAACAUUGCUGCUCUACUGGAUUGGUUGAUUUUUCAGAUGAGACAGUGGAGAGGAUAUUCACUACAAUGAUUGGGUUUCAAAAGAGUAUAUACCAGAUUAUGGAGGAGAACCUUGCCAAGAUUCAGAGCUCCAACGUCGAGUUUUGCAAUAAUUUAAAGAACAACUCGUUUGCCGAUCUCGAGCAGAGAAUACGAGAUAAGCAAAAUACCACAGUGAAGCGCGACUUGGAAACGUUAAAGAAUACUUUGAAAUCCUCAGUGGACAAUUACCUAAAUGAGUCGAUUUCAAAAUUACUUGCCGAAAUGCUGGCGACGACACACGAAGAAAUUAAAAAGGAGAGAGAAACCUUGUCGACGUUGGUGGACCCGUGGAUGGACAAGGAGAACCGAAUGACACUACACGAUGCGAAAGAAAACAAAGAAGGCAAACACUCUCCCCGAUUACAAUCCCUGCGGCGUCGAGCGCUUUCCUUGUCCCCUACGAAAUCGCGAAUACCGACAAUCCAGAGACUGCAGACCAAUUUACUUGAUGACCAGAACAAAAGACGCAAGCUCAUCAAGUAA